UAUGAUAUGCUAUUGAUGUUUGAGAAUGGUAUACGCGGUGGAUUGGUGCAGGCGAGUAAACGGUAUGGAAAGGCGAACAACGAGAAGACCCCGGAUUACGACGAGACUAAGGAGAAAUCGUGGAUAAUUUAUCAAGACUGCAACAACUUGUAUGGAUGGGCUAUGUCCCAAUACAUGCCGUACGGUGGGUUCAACUGGGUUGAACCUACUCUGAACGGAUUAGAUGAUUUGGACGAUACCUCCCCCAUAGGACGAGUGUAUGAGGUGGAUGUGUCAUACCCACGACAUUUGCAUGAUAAACAUAACGACCUCCCCUUCCUGCCGCAAAAUAGUGUACCGCGUGGUUCAAAGGUGCGAAAAUUGAUGGUGACGUUUGAGAAGAAGGAGAAUUACAUAAUACACUACCGGAACCUGCAGCAGUCUAUUAAGAAUGGACUAAUAGUUGACAAAGUACAUAGAGUUAUUCAAUUUAAGCAAUCGGAUUGGCUGGCGGAAUAUAUUGAAUUGAAUACAGAGAUGAGGAAGAAGGCGAAGAACGAUUUUGAGAAAGAUUUUUUUAAGCUGAUGAAUAACGCAGUAUUUGGUAAAACAAUGCAGUCUAAAAGAAAGGAGAUGAAAAUGGAGUUGGUAUCGAGUGAGAGGAGGUUGCAAAAACUUGUUAAUAAAUGUACAUUUAAACACAGCGUCAAUUACACUGAAACCCUUAGCGCAGUCGCUCUGGAGAAUAAAGUGAUAAAAUUUGAUAAACCUAUAUAUAUUGGAUUCGCUGUACUGGAUGUAUCAAAAACAUUAAUGUACGAUUAUCAUUAUGAUGUUAUGCACAGACAUUAUGGUGAUAAUAUUAAACUUAUCUACACUGAUACAGAUUCAUUGAUAUACCAUAUAUAUACUGAGGACUUCUAUGCAGACUUGGCUACUACUUCUAACUUACUGGACCGGAUGGAUACCGCCAACCUACCUCAUGACCAUCCAUGCUAUGUGGCAAGCAGAAAGAAGUCUCCAGGAUACUUUUCCGAUGAAGUGGACGGCAACAUUAUUACACAUUCCUGUGCGUUGAGGGCCAAGUCCUACGCUUUUAAUAUAUAUGCUGGUCCAGAGGAUGAGGAUGCAAAUGACAGAGUAGGAGGAGAAAAGAUUAAGGCGAAAGGAAUCCGGUCUCAUGUGGUUAAAAACCACAUGACAUUCAAGGAUCAUAGGAAGUGUUUGUUUGGGGAAGAUGGAGUGGAGGCGUACAAGGAGAAUGUAUCGAUUAGGUCAUUUAACCAUCAACUCAUGACCAUAAAGACAAAAAAAUUGACAUACAACAGUUACGAUGACAAGAGGGUGGUGUUAGAUGAUAAAGUCAACACACUAGCCCAUGGACACUAUAGUAUAGAGGAAGAUGACAUAUGGACAGAAUUAGAUGGAGGGAACUGGAACGAGGAAGAGAAAGGAUUAAUGAGAGAGCUACUACAUUGUAUAACCUGAUCUUGUAUAUAGUUUUAUUGUAAAUAUUAUA